GCAUGCAAACAGUCAGUUGUGUCUGUCCGCUGCUGGAGCGCUGGUGCUAGCACGCUGUCCUGCCGCUGCAGCCCAUCUCUCUCUCUCUCUCUCUCGCUCUCUCUCUCGCUCUCUGUGCCCCCUCCCGCCGCCGUCACGCGCACACACACGCACACAUGUGUACCUGAGCCGCCGGAGGGGCUUUCGCCGCAACUUUUGUCCGAAGGCGCUCGCUUGGGUUGUUUUGGGGGGUGUGUGGCGUUCCUCUUUCCUUCUCUUUCUCCUGGAAUGCUAAAACUGGGCUGAUGGACAUUUCCGAACUUUGCAUCCCAGAUCCUCUCAGCUAUCAUAACCAGCUGCUCAACAGGAUGGCCGUUGAAGAGCGGCACAUGCCUUCCAGCUGUGGCUCCUACAUAAAGACAGAACCCUCCAGUCCGUCGUCUCUGGUGGACACCGCCAGUCAUCCCAGCCCGGGAGCCCAUUCCGACGCCAGCGGCGGCUACGGCAGUGCCAUCAACAGCCACUCCAACGGUCUGGACUCUCCGCCCAUGUUCACGGCGGGCGGGCAGUUGGGCGCGGCGGGAAGCGCCUGCCGCAAACGAUACGAGGACUGUUCCAGCACGCUGCUGGAGGACCCCGGGUCCAUCAAAUGCGAGUACAUGCUCAACUCAAUCCCUAAGCGCCUGUGUCUGGUGUGUGGAGACAUUGCGUCAGGGUAUCACUACGGCGUGGCCUCUUGUGAAGCCUGCAAGGCCUUUUUCAAGAGAACAAUACAAGGUAACAUCGAGUACAGCUGUCCAGCCACCAAUGAGUGUGAGAUCACCAAACGAAGACGCAAGUCCUGUCAAGCGUGUCGCUUCAUGAAGUGUCUUAAAGUGGGCAUGUUGAAAGAAGGUGAGCCGGUAAUUAGGUUAAUCCGUGUACGAGGAGGCAGACAAAAAUAACAAGCGAGGAAUGGAUGCAGAAACCACAGGUCUGGGCUCACACUCCCACCUCCAGCCAAAAAACCCUUGACGAAGAUCGUGUCUCAUCUGCUGGUGGCAGAGCCGGAGAAGAUCUACGCCAUGCCGGACCCCACCAUGCCCGAGAGCGACAUCAAAGCCCUGACCACGCUCUGUGACCUGGCUGACCGCGAGCUGGUCGUCAUCAUCGGAUGGGCCAAACACAUCCCAGGUUUCUCUGCGUUGUCUCUGGGAGAUCAGAUGAGUUUACUGCAGAGCGCAUGGAUGGAGAUCCUCAUCCUGAGCAUCGUCUUCCGCUCGCUGCCAUAUGAGGACGAGCUGGUGUACGCCGAGGACUAUGUGAUGGACGAGGAACACUCGCGUCUCACCGGUCUGCUGGAUCUCUACGUGUCCAUCCUGCAGCUGGUGCGCAAGUACAAGAAACUGAAGGUGGAGAAAGAAGAGUUUGUCACGCUGAAGGCCAUAGCGCUCGCCAACUCAGAUUCGAUGCACAUAGAGGACGUGGAAUCGGUUCAGAAGCUCCAGGACGCUCUUCACGAAGCCCUGCAGGAUUACGAGAGCUGUCAACACGCCGAGGACCCUCGACGCGCUGGAAAGCUGCUCAUGACGCUUCCUCUGCUGCGGCAGACGGCCACCAAAGCCAUUCAGCACUUCUACAGCAUCAAGAUGCAGGGCAAGGUGCCCAUGCACAAACUCUUCCUGGAAAUGCUGGAGGCCAAGGUCUGAUUGGUCCCGUGAUGUCAUCGAGGCGACAGCGAAUGAGGUGUGACAGAGACGCCCUGACUGCGGAGGACAGACCGAUCCUUCGACGGACACGCAGGUUGAAGACUUGCGUCUCGCCGAGACGCCAGACAUUUUUAAAGACCCGAAAAUGAAAAAAUACGUAUUCAAAAUAUGAAUCUAAAUGAAAAAAAAAAGAAUUUAAAAUCUAUAAGGAAACUAUGUACUUGUACAGUAAUGCUUUUUUUGGGACAUGAUUUCUGGUUAUAUAUGAUGGAAGAAACUUCUGUAAGUAGAUGCUCAUUUUUUGCUCGGCCCUCACGUCACAGUUACGCUCCUCACACAACACCAGGACUUGUACAUAUUCGUCAUCAGGCCUGAACAGUGCAGCCGUUUGUCUCGCCCGGUUCUUCCCUGAAUGUGAACUUGAAUAUACCUCUUCCGAACGGCGACUCCUGGACCUCCGCAUCAUCCUGACGGCAUGUGUAGGCAGGACUUCUCUAGUAACUCAGCAAUAAAUUGAGCCAACGGACGGGUGCCGUCCAUGUAACUUAUUUGCUUAAGUGGGCAAGAGGAAUGCCCGUCUCCUGUGUUGCACUGUAUUCAAACUACUUGUUAUUGUUGUGCUUGAUGUUCGGGUCUAAUUUUGGCACUGAAUUGCUGAUUUGGCAGAGGUGCGGGUGGAGGGAGGGACUGCUGGGUGAAAGUGGCAUUGGAUGGAAAGGAGAAGGUUUCAAAGGGUUUACGACGGGUGGCAGCAGUCCAGGAGAUUCCACGUUCGAACAAUCAGACGGCGCAUAUGUCAAACGCCCUAUUUUGGGCUCGAUAAGCCACCGGCAAAGCCAAGCCGUGCGGAGAGGAAACGAGGUGCCCAUCAUCGGCUCUCACCCUUUUAGAAGCUGCCAGGACUUUUAUAGCCAUGUGCCCACGUGAAGGUGGGUGGCAGGUGCAGGUCUUUAUCACCAGCUUUAUUUUUAGAUCUUGGAAGAUGACGGGGGCCUGAACAGGAGGGGUUUUGACCUCAUGUUGACACAAUAGCAUUGCUGCACCGCUUGCCACGACGGCAUUUGAAGUAGAUGUCCCUAUAAACGGCGAAUUAACCCGAGAUCCACUGAAAGAUCCACCCGAAACCAACACAUUCCACCUGCUUCCUGAGCACGUAUGCUGUGUUCCAUUCUCCCUGAGAAGUCAGAAAUCCCAACUGUCCAUUUGGAAACGUGCAAUAGUCAGAUUUCCAAACUUUUAGCAAGAUGAUUGACGCAGGUGAUUGAUAGUGAAGCAUCAUUUCUAAGCAAAUAAAACCUUAUAAUGAAACCUUUUCUAGCUAACAGAGAACGAUUCCAGAACGUUAGCCAAUGUUCUCUCGAGUUCUCUCAAAUGUUAUCGUGGUAACGUUUAAUUUGAUCAACAUUAUCAACAAAGAGAUAAACCCAAGUGUUGGGUUGUAAAUUAAACUAGAAAAUGGCCACAUAUGACCCAACCAGUGCAUACGUCGAUGCUAAAUGUUUUCGUAACGUCAUGGGGACGUUCUUACAACGUAUUUUUGUUAGCGUGAGUGUAGAUUGUUUCUUCACAUCUGAGGCCCUGUCCACACGAACACGGGUAUUUUCCAAACUGCAGCUUUUUCUAUGCGGUUUGGCCAUUCGUCCACAUGCAAACGCAGUACCCGGUCACUAAAACCGAACUUUUUUGAAAACUCCGGCCAGGGUGAAGAUUUUUAGAAACUCCGGUUUCAGUGUUGUCGUGUAGAUGGUGAACUGGAGAUUUGGCGUAUGACGUUGGAAUUGGCGUGCCUAUCUCUGUUGUUUGAUGCCAUAUUCCAGGCUUCUGAUUGGCCAGCACGGCUUUAUGGUUAGGGUUAUAUCGCCACAGCGCUUUAUAGCGUGUUUUUGCGUUUUCGUGUGGACGGCAUGGGGGGGGUUUAAACGAAGAAGGAAAAACUCUGUUUAUAAAAUACCCGUGUACGUGUGGACUAGGCCUGAGAUAUGGAGAUGUGUCCUCCAUCUGUCUUUGAAUGGAACACACAGCAUUUGCUCUACAAUGUCAUUUCAGUUGUUUCAGAUGACAGGGAUCUUUUUUUCAGCGUUUGGAGGACGGGUGCACUGGGAAGGGGACUUUCACUACUGACGUCACGUCAUUGACUCGAUGUAAACCGUCGGCUCUCUCGGUUCAGUUUAGCAUUCUGUUGGCUUCCUAAUGGAAGCGGGUCAGACUUCUUCCCAUUAAACUUGAACUCAUCAUAGCGGACUCGAUAACAGGGAUUCAUUUUUAUAUGCAGUGCAACCAUGUGGGUUAACAUUAGGGAUCAAUUCUGACCAACAUCAUGCCAAAGUAGUGCACCUUUAAAUCGCAUUUCACGUAUUUCACGCUGACAAACGCUCGAAGCUACACAAGCUCUGUGCACAUGUGUUUCACUCGCUCUUAUAUAACAUUGUAACUUCAGACCUUCAGACAUGUUUUUUUGUCUCAUAUGUUCCCUUUAAAACCUGCUGAGGUCAGUCUGUAUAUUUCACACAUUACACUUCAGAAUGACAUAUAUGCAACAUUGACUUUCUUUAGCUACCUCAUCAUUCAUACAAACACUCAAGAUGCUGUAAAAACCUUUCUUUCCACUGCUGAACGCAUUGUGUUGAGUUUUUCAAGCUGUGCGACGUCUGUGUUAAAGCACACGACACUCUCUGCAUGUGUUAGGUAUGAAGAUUCUGACAAUUUGGUCUACUUUCUUUUGAAAAUGAUGGAGUUCAUUUCAUCCUGUACUGAACCUCCUAAUCAGUGUGAAAUGUUUUUAAAGGGCAUGAAUGUUUGUUUCACGUGUCAGUCGCUGUAUGGAAAGAAAGAAUGCAUAUCUGUAAAUGUUGUCGUUUAUUUAUUUGCGUAUGAACGUUCAGCGUCCUUCUAUUCAAAAUGUCCGGGUCAGAAUUGGUCCCACGAUGUUCACGCGUCAAAGCGACGAAGGCUGUUCUUCUGAAGAUAUUCAUUGUGUAUAUUAUAUCACUCUGGCCAUGCUGUAUAAUAAUAUCUCAUAUUGUUCAUUUAACAACACCUGUGUCACUUUCUUUUUUAUGUCCAAAGAAAAUCUGAAGCGGUGCUGGAGUUCUCUUCAUUUUUCAGCUGGUGGAAAAAACAUGUUCUUUCAAAUAAUGUUUGAAGAGGUCACGUACUUCAGCGCUCAAGAAUCAAGAUUGAGAGUGGGAAUCAUUCCCUUAAAAAGGAUAAAAGAUUUGUUGUUUUUCAAUUCGCAUAAAAAGUGUAAAUUAAUAAGAACUGAAGCAAGUCAAGAAGUGUAAUACACAAACAAACACAAGUGCAUCUGUUUCACGUGCAACAUUAUUCAUUUAAACAUUCACAUGCACUUUUUCAUAUUGUGAGAUCAUUUAUCAAAUCUUGAUCAAUUUGCUUUUUAGCAUUUAAAAUAAAUUAACGCAACACAAAUGAUUCAUGUAUGUCACGUCUGAAUGCUUGAUUUCUUAAUCCUAAUUUAUUCACUGAAACGUAUAAAAUAGCUCUGAUCAUUUAAUCUGGACGCAGGAAUAUUUUAUAUAAAACAUAAAAUUGACUGUAAAUUGUUAGCAAGAUCGACACACAUGAAAAUGAGCUCCAAAACCUACAUAUUGUAGACAACACGUGAAGUCAUCACUCAUUUGCAGUUGUUUAUUUAGGACUAUAUACUGUAUGCUGCCUUCUAAGGGAACUUCUUUUGGUGACAUUCUAAUGAAGCUCUGCAUGUGUCCUUUUAUAUCCCAUAAUAAGUGACAAGUGAUGCAUCCCAGAUGAAAAACGGAAAGAAACAUCAGUUCAAAGGAAAAUAAAAAAAGAUAAAAAUCUAUUCAAUAUUUAUACGUUUAUAUUUAAGGAUUAAUAAAUCAACGUGUUAAGUUCCCGCACAGGUGAAAUAAAGUAAAUGUAUGUGUGUACUGUAAUUCGUAUUUGUAAUUCAUAAUUAUUGAUAGUAAGUGUGUUU